ACAAGCGUACUCAGCUCAUCUGAUCUUAUUGAAUUUGCGAAUUACGGUCACACCGACCAUCACAUUCCACCAUUUCGCACAGCGUUUCUUGUGUGUUCUUUGUGUGCGCAAUUUCGACAUAUGCUGUAAAAUAAGAGUUGAGAAUAGUGCAAAAACAAACGUGAUAUAUAAAUUAAAUUAAAUCGACAAACUGCAACAGAAUGGAAGUCACAGACGCCAAUUUGCAAUUGCUGGCCGGUUAUUUGCAACAGACGCUUAGCGCAGAUCCAAAUGUCCGCCGGCCCGCGGAAAAGUUACUGGAAUCCACAGAACUACAGCAAAAUUAUCCAGUGCUGCUGCUCAAUCUAAUCGACAAGGCUACCGUGGACAUGACAAUACGCGUGGCGGGGGCAAUUGCCUUUAAGAAUUAUGUAAAACGCAAUUGGGCAGCGGACGAGGAUAGCGGCGAACCGGAUCGCAUACAUGAGAGUGAUCGCAAUACGAUUAAAACGCUGAUUGUAACGUUGAUGCUGCACUCGCCGACGGCGCUACAGAAGCAGCUAAGCGAUGCAGUGAGCAUUAUAGGCAAACAUGAUUUUCCCAAAAAAUGGCCGCAGCUUAUUACCGAAAUGGUGGAGAAAUUUGCGUCAGGCGAUUUUAAUGUAAUCAAUGGCGUGCUGCAAACGGCGCAUUCGCUAUUCAAGCGUUAUCGCUAUGAGUUUAAAUCGCAAUUACUUUGGGAGGAGAUUAAAUUUGUACUGGAUCGCAUGGCCAAGCCGUUGACGGAUCUGCUGCAGGCCACUAUGCAGUUGGCCAAAGUGCAUGAAAACAAUGCUGAUGCAUUAAAGGUCAUUUACAGCUCCUUGGUGCUGGUCAACAAGGUGUUCUUUUCGCUCAACUCGCAGGAUUUGCCCGAGUUCUUUGAGGAUAACAUGAACAUUUGGAUGAACGCCUUCCAAGAGCAGCUCUCAUGCGACGUGCCCUGCCUACGCACCGAUGACGAUGAUGAUGCCGGCGUGCUGGAGCAUUUGCGAUCACAGGUCUGCGAAAAUAUUUGCCUCUAUGCGCGCAAAUAUGAUGAGGAGUUCAAGCCAUUUAUGGAAAAUUUUGUUAAAGCCGUCUGGGAGCUGCUGGUCAAGACCAGUCUGCAGACUAAAUAUGACUCUCUUGUUUCCAAUGCGCUGCAAUUUCUUUCAGUUGUAGCAGAGCGGAAACAUUAUCAUGGCAUUUUCGAGAAUCCCGAGACUCUGGCGCGCAUUUGCGAAAAAGUUGUCAUACCUAAUCUGGAUAUACGACCCUCGGAUGAGGAACUGUUUGAGGACAGUCCAGAUGAGUAUAUACGUCGUGAUAUUGAAGGCUCGGACAUUGAUACGCGUCGACGUGCAGCCUGUGAUUUGGUCAAGACCCUCUCGAUUAACUUUGAGCAAAAGAUCUUUGGUCUUUUUGGCCAGUAUCUGGAGAUCUUGCUGGGCAAGUACAAACAGGAUCCAGUUGCCAAUUGGCGCAGCAAGGAUACAGCCAUUUAUUUGGUCACCUCAUGGGCAUCACGUGGUGGCACACAAAAGCAUGGCAUUACACAGAGCUCCGAGCUGGUGCCACUGCCGCAAUUUUGCGCUGAGCAUAUUGUGCCGGAACUGGAGAGACCCAAUGUUAAUGAGUUGCCCGUGCUGAAGGCAGCUGCCAUUAAAUAUGUCAUGGUCUUUCGCAGUCUGUUGGGCCCACAAACGCUGGCGGGCUGUUUGCCACAGCUCAUACGCCAUUUGCCUGCUGAGAGCAUUGUGGUGCAUAGCUAUGCUGCCUGCUCGGUGGAACGCAUUCUAACCAUGCGUGAUGCGAAUAGUGCUUUGCUAUUUGGACCACAAAUAAUUGCACCACAUGCCAAUCCGUUGGUGAGUGGCUUGUUUGCUACGCUUGCCAUUACAGGCUCAGCGGAGAACGAGUAUGUGAUGAAGGCCAUCAUGCGCAGUUUUCAUGUGCUGCAGGCCAAUGCUAUGCCCUUUAUGGCUCUCGCCUUACCACGUCUUACUGAAAUUUUAACGUUUGUGGCCAAGAAUCCCUCGCGGCCACUUUUCAAUCAUUAUUUGUUUGAAACGCUGGCGCUGUCGAUUAAAAUUGUUUGCCAGGCAGAUGCCUCUGCAGUCAGCUCAUUUGAGGAGGCGCUUUUCCCGGUUUUCCAGGGCAUACUGCAACAAGACAUAACCGAAUUUAUGCCCUAUGUUUUUCAAAUGCUAUCCGUGUUGCUGGAAGUGCGUGAGGGCAGCGGUCCCAUACCCGAGCCCUAUUGGGCGCUAUUUCCCUGUCUAUUGGCGCCAGCUCUCUGGGAUCGCAAAGGCAAUAUAACGCCUUUGAUACGUCUGCUUUCAACGUUCAUCAAGCAAGGCUCUUCACAAAUACAAGCGCUGGGCAAAUUGAACGGCAUACUGGGCAUAUUUCAAAAGAUGAUUGCCUCCAAGGCAAAUGAUCACGAAGGCUUCUAUUUGCUUCAUAAUUUGCUUGUCUACUAUAAUGGACCCGAGUUGCAGUCGAGCAUGCGUCAAAUAUUUGCACUGCUCUUCCAACGUUUGUCAUUGUCAAAGACCGCGAAAUAUUUGACUGGCAUUAUAGUCUUCUUCUGUCUGUAUGUGGUCAAAGUGGGCGGCAGUCCAUUGGUGCAGCUCAUCGAGGAAAUUCAGGCAGGUAUGUUUGGCAUGGUGCUUGAGCGUGUUUUUAUAACGGACAUGGCCAAGGUGAGCAAGGAAUUGGAGCGGAAAAUAGUUGCCGUAGGCGUGGCCAAACUGCUCUGCGAAUGCCCAGAAAUUUACUCCGGACAAUAUGUCAGCCAUUGGCUACGUUUGCUGCAUACGCUCAUUGAUCUGUUUGAGCGUGAGCCAGAGAAAAUGCCCUACUUGGAUGUCGAAGCAGCUACAGGCGAUGCAGAGCCUGGCGUGGAUGCCGAGCCGGGUUAUCAGGCUGCCUUUUCACAACUAACAUUUGCACAGCCCAAGGUGGUGGAUCAUGUGGCUGAAGUGGCUGAUGCACGUCAAUACUUAGCCAGCUCUUUGUCCAGCUUGGCGCAGAAGCGACCAGGCGAGCUGCCCAAUAUGCUGGCACCACUGGAAGUGGACUACAAGCAAAUGCUGCAGAAAUAUUGCGAUCAGGCUGGUGUACGCAUCGCCUAAGUGAAGUCCUUGAAAGAAAAU